AACUAUUAUUUCCCACGAAAUGCUGUUAUAUCGAUAACUGAAAUCGGAAAAAAGAUGCUUUAAGACCAUCUUGGAUUUUAUGUAGACGUCAAAGACUUCGUUUUUGAUUAAUCGCGAACGUGCGUAUUGUAUUUCUAUAAUAACGAUGUUAAUCCGGUGUUCGAUUACUAUGCAAGAUUUAAACGUUCCACAGUGGAACGUGCGGCCGCUCAUAUCGUAUGUGAUGACUAAGAAAAUAAACAAUAACUAUUAUCUGUGCGUGAAGAACAUAAUGUUUCCGCAUGAUAAAUGCUUUAACUUGGCAAUGUUGAAUAAAAUAUACCAUAAAUUCGUUGCUGAAGGGAAGAUGGGAUUGGAGUUCAAAGAGCCCAAACAUUUAUUGUCGAUAGACUCCAAAAACAAGACAGAGGUUAACAUGUUGUACACUCACAUUAAGGCAAUUGUUGAAGGGAAAAAAGUGAACAUCGCUACACGUCAGAUGCCCAAGUCGAUGUCUUCUACAAAAGCCGUUGUGAAUCAUUUUGAUCUAAUGGCUCUCGAGUUUGUAGCUGUUAAUCGUUUUGAUAACCGUGUGUUAAACAUGCGACAUUUGACCACACUUACGUUGAAAAAAUGUGAUUUGCCAACGAUCCCUAUAGAAAUUGGUCGUUUAAAACUUAAAUAUCUCGACAUAUCAGGAAGUAAACUUCCUAUCAAUCAAGAUACCUUCUGGAAUUGGACGUCCAUGACAGUAAUUUGUGAUACAUUAAUAACUUUAAAAAUGGAUUCGAUUGGCAUAAAAAGAUUGCCUUUUGAAAUAAUGUUCCUAAAAAAUCUACAAACUUUAUCUGCAACCAAAAAUAAACUGUCAUAUUUGCCUCAAUUCAUUGGUGAACUUAAGAAACUCAAAGCCUUGUUUGUUGCCGACAAUUUUUUAAGAUACUUACCUCGUUGUUUUUCUGCUAAAAUUUUUGACGAAAUGAACAUAUCAAGUAACUUAAUUCGUGGUAGAGUUAACCAAUACAAUGAUCACCUAUUUCGAUAUUUGGCUGUAUCAAGUACUGUAAAGAAAGACAAUGUUGAAAAUACUGUAACAUCACUUAGUCAUUUGGCUUUAUACAAUUUGAUGGAUAAUUGUAUACCGUUCAAGAGACAAGAUAUACCUCGUACACUAUGGAUAUACUUUAAUUUAAUGGGUCGUUGUAAAGUGUGUAAUAAAUGGAUACUACCAGAUUACUGUAAAAUAAGUUAUAAACAUUCUUUACCUAGAGCAAUGCGUUUAAUAAAAGAUCAAGACCUCCAUAAUAUAGUAUUGCAAUUAAUGUCUUGUAGUAUUCCAAAUAAUUGUAAAAGACGGGUUUAGUAUAAGCCAUAUAUAUAUGAAAGUAUAAGUAUAACUAUUUAUUAAAUAGGUGGUUCAAUGUAAAUUACAUAUUCUAUUAUCGCUAUCAUUCAUUGUUUUAUCACGAAACCAAUAAUUAAUUAAUUGUACUACAACUAUAAACAAUAAAAACAACGAAAAAGUUUAUUAUUUUGA